AUGGCUGGUGUGCCAGAGCAGGUGGUCCAAGAAGUGGAAGCCAUGAUGUCCUCGACUGCUCCAGUGAAUACGAAAGUGGACCAGAUCGUCCAACUUCUAAGGACACAUGGCCUUGCCCACGACCAAGUUCUGACUCCAAGUCAGAUCUUGGUACACCCAGAAAACCGAGGCAAGUCCAUGGUGUCCUACUACGACGUCUGGUCCAAGGGCAGCCAGAUGACCAGUGUCGGCUUCCAACCCAAGCUGCUCGACGGCCAGACCAUCUGCACCCAAAUGGCCACUGCCGAGACCAAGAGACUUGCCCAAGUGCAAGCCAACCGCCAACUGGUCUCUGAGGCCAAGGGCCAUCUGGCACCAGUGAGUGGCCAGGAAGGCUUCCUCUCCCUUGCAGGGAGCCACAGUGUUGCCUUUCUCCGAUGCCUCCAGGCGGGCAUCCAAGGACCAGAGGGCUAUCACGUCGCCAUUGCGAAGUCGGACCCAGCAUGGCGAGCGAUCGAGCAAGGAUGGUGCUGGAUCGUGCUGGCAGCAUCCAUUGAAGAAGCCAUGCCACAACUUCCCAACUUUAUUCAGCAUGCUGCCAACUCGUCCAACUCAAUAUCCAAAGCCAUCAACGAGUUGGAGGUUGCCCUCCAUGUGGCCACUGCAUUUGAGAAGGGCUUGAGCCUUCCAGAUGCCAUCCAGCAGGCCAGCCAAGGCGACGUGAGAUGCCGUGCCAGUGUCCCCGCCAUCGCCAAAUUCGUCCAGAACUUCGGCGGCGGCAGCCAGGGGUUUCCACUCCUCCAUUUCCUUGCCAAUUUUGGGAAGCAGUUUAAUGCCACACUUCUGGUGGGAACCGAGCUGAUGUCCACCCUGGUGUCGCUAGAUUUCAAGCAAGCGACGUGCAUCUUUCCCAUGCUUCGUGUGGCGGCAUGGGCUACCAUGUUGACCAGCCCAAAAUCCCAAGACGGGUUCAGCCGCAUCCUAUCCACCAACGAUCUCCAAAAACUGAAGGCACCAGGCAUGCUCGACCAAGUUACCCAAGCCGAAAACAUGCUCCAAGAGGCUUGGAAGGUCCAACAGGAUCUUCUUGUGGAGCAGACCCACCAUGCGUCCCACUUAACCAAAUGCUUUGGUCGAUUUGCAGUCAGAGUUUGUUUGUUCCUCACGAACAAACAAAGGGCAGGCCGGGAAACCAAGCACUGGCAAUCUCUCCAAGCCAUCUUGACUGCCUACACCAAGGAGAUCCAAGACAGCUCGGCUGGCGAUGCCAUUGCGGACCACAGCAUGACUCCAAACAUGCAGGUGGCGGAUGUCUUGGCGGCCAGCAACAAGACCAUUGCCAUGCUCCAAAACAACCACAUGGAAGUGGGCAAGUUGUACACCACCAAGGACCACGGUGCCAAGGUGUUCAAGCUGACGGAUGUCACGGACGACCAUGCCACCAUGACUCACAAGCCACUCUUCCAAGAUGAGGAAGAAGUCCAUGUGCCAUUGCAGAAGCUGCCAAUGUGGAAGGCCACCAAGGCCAUGAUGCCGAUGUUGUGCCCCCAGGAUCUUGCCAGGGAAGGAAUGACGGCGAAGCUUCUGUUGGAGGAGCGGGCCAGGUCGGAGGUCCAGCUGGCUCUCCACAGAGCGGCGGAAAAGCACCAUGUGGAUGCCCAGACCAUCGCUUUCGGCCAGAACCCGCAGGGGUUGUUUGCGAUCAAGACAAUUCGCAAAACCAUUCGUUUGGUUCCACUGGGCACGGUGAACAAAGCCAAGUCGACCGCCAAGGAAACGAAGCUCCUCAUCCAGCACGGCGGCCACAGCUGGACCAUUGGGCCGUUCCGCCAGAAUGCGCAGUUCGAAGCAGACAGUGCGUUUUGCUUGAUUCCAUAUUUCUGGUGCAAGCCCACGAGCGAGACCUCCGAGGUCACCAUGGUUCACUCCACGGUCGUCGAGUCUGGGAUUACCAUCCCAUGCUUGGAGAAUCCUGCUCCGCUGGAACAGCACCAGCCGCUUUUGUUCCUGGCGGCCCAUGCCGAAGCUUCCGAAGCAGACCACGGCGAGCCAGAGCCAUCAGAGGACCACUUUGCGGGCAAAAGGACCAGCGGCACCACCGGCAUAACCGGCACUCCUCUCCGCUUGAACCCAAAGUGGGUGCCCAUGUGGUUCGGUGCCAGCCUCCGGGUGCGGACCUUUCUCCUCCAUGCCCACGAGACCAUGGAGGAGUUCCAAGUGUCCAUGGAGCCAUCCACAGCAUCCACGUCCUUCCAAAACUGGCUUCGAGCUCAAUUGGUGGCUGUGCAUGAAGCCACCCAUGGUGACCAAGGCUCCAAUGCUGAUCUCACCAGAAUAAUCAAAGCACAAGCCAUGAAGGCCCAGCAGGACUCCAAGGCCACGGUCUCCAAGCACAACAUGAAGAAGCCGGCCGCCAGCAAGACCACGGAGAAGCCAGUUUUGCCAGCCGGCAGCAAGACCACGGUGGAGCCAGAGGCCAUGGACCCCAUGGAGGACACUUUGGGCAUGACCAAGGCCCAGCUGCAGGCCAUGUUUGGCCCAGGCUUCGAGCCAGACUUCGAGGCAGCCAUGCCCACGGCAGCCUCCACAGCCUCCACGGAGGCAGCGGUCCCCACGGCAGCUCCAGCCAAGGCCCCUCCGGCCAAGGCCCCUCCGGUGCUUGGGCCAUUGGUGCCAGCCAACGAGGUCACGGCCCUCACCAUGGCCUGCGGGUGGUACGUCCCACCCAAUGCUGUUGUCCAGAAAAUUUGGUGCCAGGCGGCCAUGGUGUCACUCCAUGACAUCCACGAGGCCAGAUCCUGCAUCCGCUGCGGCCACUCUUGGUUCCAGUCCAUUUUUGGUGGGCUGCGGAUCUAUGAGCCACGGCAGGACCAGGGCCACUUCGACCAGGACGACCACGAGGACCAGGGCCAGGUGAACCAGGAGGGCCAGGAUUGGUGGGCUGCAGAAGACGAGGGCCAAACGGACCACGAGAGCGACCAUGAUAACGAUGCCUUUCCGUCUCCAAAUUGGCCAGACUGGGCAGUCAUGGAUUUUCUGAAUGCCCUGCAGGAGCCCGAGAACCUCGACGAGCCCCAGAACCAGCAGCCCAUGGAGCAGCCCACGGAGGAGCCCACGGAGGAGGCCACGGAGGAGCCCACGGACGAGCCCACGGAGUCCCAAGACCAUGCAGGAGAGGUCCACGGCCAAGGCACGGACCCAAGUCUUCGCAUGGCCGACACCACCAGAUUGGGUGAACCUACAGGCUGCUGCCCAACAAGCAGCGGUGGUGGGCCGAAUGGGACCAGUGCUGGGACAGUUUGGGCCGACAGCACCACUGGUGCCUCCAACAGCACCCUUGGUGCCUCCAACAGCACCAUUGCUGGCUCCGACAGCACCAUUGGUGCCUCCGACAGCACCAUUCCUGACUCCUCCAAGAGCAGCAUGGCUGCCUUCAGUUGGACCAAUGGUGCCCCCAGUGGCACCAUGCUUGCCUUCAGCAGCACCACUGCUGCAACCGAUGAUACAGCCAAGAAGAUUGGAGAGGGGAAGGUCCAAUGGUUCAUUGACCAUUGGACCCAGGGCGACUAUGCUCGCUGCCACAGACUCUACCAGUGGUUCAGCACGGAGUCCCAGAUGGCCCAGUACUUGGCUGAGCAUGCCAUGGUGGUGGAGGAGCACGGCCAUGCUGCAGACCUGGCAGUGCCACUGGAGAGCAACACCAUCGGUGCCAUCAUCGACCACGUUCGUGCCAAAGUUGAAGAAUUGGAGGCCCACAUGCAGCAGCCCAAGAAGAAGACGUCAAGUUUCUAUACCAUCAGUUUGGGCCCAGACUGCCCAGUUUUGCUUUUGCCACUUUUGGCCAGCUCCAAGCUUCUUGCCAUGGCUGGUGUGCCAGAGAAGGUGGUCCAAGAAGUGGAAGCCAUGAUGUCCUCGACUGCUCCAGUGAAUACGAAAGUGGACCAGAUCGUCCAACUUCUAAGGACACAUGGCCUUGCCCACGACCAAGUUCUGACUCCAAGUCAGAUCUUGGUACACCCAGAAAACCGAGGCAAGUCCAUGGUGUCCUACUACGACGUCUGGUCCAAUGGCAGCCAGAUGACCAGUGUCGGCUUCCAGCCCAAGCUGCUCGACGGCCAGACCAUCUGCACCCAAAUGGCCACUGCCGAGACCAAGAGACUUGCCCAAGUGCAAGCCAACCGCCAACUGGGCUCUGAGGCCAAGGGCCAUCUGGCACCAGUGAGUGGCCAGGAAGGCUUCCUCUCCCUUGCAGGGAGCCACAGUGUUGCCUUUCUCCGAUGCCUCCAGGCGGGCAUCCAAGGACCAGAGGGCUAUCACGUCGCCAUUGCGAAGUCGGACCCAGCAUGGCGAGCGAUCGAGCAAGGAUGGUGCUGGAUCGUGCUGGCAGCAUCCAUUGAAGAAGCCAUGCCACAACUUCCCAACUUUAUUCAGCAUGCUGCCAACUCGUCCAACUCAAUAUCCAAAGCCAUCAACGAGUUGGAGGUUGCCCUCCACGUGGCCACUGCAUUUGAGAAGGGCUUGAGCCUUCCAGAUGCCAUCCAGCAGGCCAGCCAAGGCGACGUGAGAUGCCGUGCCAGUGUCCCCGCCAUCGCCAAAUUCGUCCAGAACUUCGGCGGCGGCAGCCAGGGGUUUCCACUCCUCCAUUUCCUUGCCAAUUUUGGGAAGCAGUUUAAUGCCACACUUCUGGUGGGAACCGAGCUGAUGUCCACCCUGGUGUCGCUAGAUUUCAAGCAAGCGACGUGCAUCUUUCCCAUGCUUCGUGUGGCGGCAUGGGCUACCAUGUUGACCAGCCCAAAAUCCCAAGACGGGUUCAGCCGCAUCCUAUCCACCAACGAUCUCCAAAAACUGAAGGCACCAGGCAUGCUCGACCAAGUUACCCAAGCCGAAAACAUGCUCCAAGAGGCUUGGAAGGUCCAACAGGAUCUUCUUGUGGAGCAGACCCACCAUGCGUCCCACUUAACCAAAUGCUUUGGUCGAUUUGCAGUCAGAGUUUGUUUGUUCCUCACGAACAAACAAAGGGCAGGCCGGGAAACCAAGCACUGGCAAUCUCUCCAAGCCAUCUUGACUGCCUACACCAAGGAGAUCCAAGACAGCUCGGCUGGCGAUGCCAUUGCGGACCACAGCAUGACUCCAAACAUGCAGGUGACGGAUGUCUUGGCGGCCAGCAACAAGACCAUUGCCAUGCUCCAAAACAACCACAUGGAACUGGGCAAGUUGUACACCACCAAGGACCACGGUGCCAAGGUGUUCAAGCUGACGGAUGUCACGGACGACCAUGCCACCAUGACUCACAAGCCACUCUUCCAAGGUGAGGAAGAAGUCCAUGUGCCAUUGCAGAAGCUGCCAAUGUGGAAGGCCACCAAGGCCAUGAUGCCGAUGUUGUGCCCCCAGGAUCUUGCCAGGGAAGGAAUGACGGCGAAGCUUCUGUUGGAGGAGCGGGCCAGGUCGGAGGUCCAGCUGGCUCUCCACAGAGCGGCGGAAAAGCACCAUGUGGAUGCCCAGACCAUCGCUUUCGGCCAGAACCCGCAGGGGUUGUUUGCGAUCAAGACAAUUCGCAAAACCAUUCGUUUGGUUCCACUGGGCACGGUGAACAAAGCCAAGUCGACCGCCAAGGAAACGAAGCUCCUCAUCCAGCACGGCGGCCACGGCUGGACCAUUGGGCCGUUCCGCCAGAAUGCGCAGUUCGAAGCAGACAGUGCGUUUUGCUUGAUUCCAUAUUUCUGGUGCAAGCCCACGAGCGAGACCUCCGAGGUCACCAUGGUUCACUCCACGGUCGUCGAGUCUGGGAUUACCAUCCCAUGCUUGGAGAAUCCUGCUCCGCUGGAACAGCACCAGCCGCUUUUGUUCCUGGCGGCCCAUGCCGAAGCUUCCGAAGCAGACCACGGCGAGCCAGAGCCAUCAGAGGCCGAGCCUAAAGCCAAAGCCAAGGCCAAGGCCAAGGCCAAAGAGCAGUCUGAGCCUCCUUCCAAGAGGGCCAAGAAGUGA